AUGUUAAAACUCAUGGCGAGUCCACCGGGCGGCGCGGGCGCACCGCGAGAAGAGGCGCCUCGCCCGCCGCCGCCCCCCGCACCUCGCAACGGCACCCCUCCCAGUAAGCACGGUUAUAGAACAAUGGCGCUUAUGGCAAUGGUACCCACCUUCAUCCAAAUUGUUACAUCACGUCAACACGGAAGUGUAAUAGAAAAUCAACAAGGCGCCCUCACAAUAGUGCGUCGCUCCUCGAGCCGCAGCAAGGCUGAGUCCUGCUCAACGCCCACUGACGAACAGCUCGACUCCCUUGACUUGGAUACCGAGCACUUGCCCGCCGUCGACACGCCCGACGCCUGCGAUAAGGCCGCACUUAGAUUACGCUAUCUUCUAAGACAAUUAAAUAGAGGUGAAAUAUCUGCUGAAACACUCCAAAAAAACCUACAAUAUGCUGCGAAGGUGCUUGAAGCAGUGUACAUCGACGAAACCAAGAGGUUAGCUGACGAAGAUGACGAGCUCUCGGAGGUACAACCAGAUGCGGUGCCUCCUGAAGUGCGGGAGUGGCUCGCGUCGACCUUCACGAGGCAGCUGGCAACGGCAAAGCGGAAGUCUGAUGAGAAGCCCAAGUUUCGGUCGGUGGCUCACGCUAUUCGUGCAGGGAUUUUCGUGGACAGAAUCUACAGGAGGGUUACUAGUACUGCGCUCAUGCAGUUCCCUCAGGAUGUCAUUAGAGUGCUUAAGACGCUAGACGAAUGGUCGUUUGACGUGUUCACGUUGCACGAAGCUUCAUGCGGUGCACCUGUCAAAUACCUAGGAUAUGAGCUGCUGAACAGAUAUGGCAUGAUACAUAAGUUUAAGGUGCCGCCAACUAUUUUGGAGAACUUCCUCGGCAGGAUAGAAGACGGUUACUGCAAGUUUAACAAUCCGUACCACAACAAUUUGCACGCAGCCGACGUUGCACAGACUGUGCAUUACAUGUUGUGUCAAACUGGACUCAUGAAUUGGCUGUCUGACUUGGAGAUCUUUGCGACGCUGGUAGCAGCAGUGGUGCACGACUUCGAACACACCGGUACUACGAAUAACUUUCACGUCAUGUCCGGUUCUGAUACGGCGUUGCUGUAUAACGAUCGUGCUGUGCUCGAGAAUCAUCACAUAAGUUCUGCUUUUAGGUUGUUGCGUGAUGAAGAAUGCAACAUACUCCAGAACUUGUCAAGGGAGGAGUUUCGAGAGUUCCGUACACUAGUCAUCGACAUGGUGCUCGCUACUGACAUGUCGUUCCACUUCCAGCAGCUGAAGAAUAUGAGGUCAUUGCUGACACUUGCUGAACCCACUGUAGAUAAGUCCAAGGCAGCAUCUUUGAUACUACAUUGCUGUGAUAUCUCCCAUCCAGCUAAGAGAUGGGACCUACAUCACAGGUGGACGAUGAGUCUCCUAGACGAGUUCUUCCUGCAAGGAGAUAAGGAACGAGAUUUAGGCCUUCCCUUCAGCCCGUUGUGUGACAGGAACAAUACUUUGGUAGCAGAGUCCCAGAUUGGUUUCAUCGAAUUUAUCGUUGAACCUAGCAUGGGAGUAUGCGCUGAUAUGCUUGAAUGUGUAUUAGGACCUAUGCAUUCCAGCAACAAGACUACCAAUAGUUCAGCCCAACCUAUCAAUGAAGAGAAUACGGGUAACGAGAACAGUGUCAAGUUUAAAAUCCGAAAGCCUUGGGUGGCUUGCCUUAGUGACAAUAAGAAGAUAUGGAAAGAGCAGGCUGCUAAAGAUGCUGAGGCUCGAGCUAAACAGGAGGAGGAGAGCGUCAGCGUGCCGCUCACUACAGAAGAAUAA